CCGGGAGUCUGAUGACACGCAGCGCCGCUCCGCCACUUACUGCGUUCAGUCCCAGAGAGGAGAGCCAUGGGGAAGACAGGUGGAAGAGGAGACUUUGAAUGGGUCUACACUGACCAGCCGCACACUUCCAGAAGAAAAGAAAUCCUGGCCAAAUAUCCAGAAAUCAAGUCCCUGAUGGGUCCAGAUCCCCAGCUCAAGUGGGUGGUAUCCUGCAUGGUCUUAACACAGCUCCUGGCCUGUUACCUGGUCCACAACCUGUCGUGGAAGUGGGUCUUCUUCUGGGCCUACGCCUUCGGGGGCUGCAUUAACCACUCCCUCACGCUGGCCAUUCACGACAUCUCUCACAACGUGGCGUUUGGCAACAAGCUGGCCAAGUGGAACCGCUGGUUCGCCAUGUGGGCCAAUCUGCCCAUCGGGGUGCCUUAUUCCGCCUCCUUUAAGAAGUACCACACUGACCACCACCGAUAUCUGGGGGGUGACCAGCUGGAUGUGGACAUCCCCACGGAACUCGAGGGCUGGUUUUUCUGCACCCCAGCCAGAAAGGUCCUCUGGCUCUUCCUCCAGCCGCUCUUCUAUGCCCUCCGACCAUUGGUGGUCAAUCCUAAACCAGUCGGUCAGCUGGAGAUCCAGAAUACUGUGGUUCAGCUGGCAGCAGACGCAGUUAUCUUCUAUUUCUGGGGGCUGAAGCCCAUUGUUUACCUCAUCGCUGGAUCUAUCCUGUGCAUGGGCCUGCAUCCCAUCUCUGGACAUUUCAUAGCUGAGCAUUACAUGUUCCUGAAGGGCCAUGAGACGUAUUCUUACUACGGACCACUGAACUGGAUCACCUUCAACGUGGGGUAUCACAUGGAGCACCACGACUUCCCCAGCAUACCGGGCAGUAAACUACCUCAGGUCAAGCAGAUCGCUGCAGAGUAUUACGACUGCCUCCCCCAGCAUACCUCGUGGACCCGCGUGCUCUGGGACUUCGUGUUCGACGACAGCAUCGGCCCUUAUGCCAGAAUCAAACGGGAGUGCAAACUGAGCAAGCAGGAAUAGAUCUUUGAGGAUAUGUAAAAAAAAGAAGAAGGGAAUAUUAUCUGUUUUAUCCAAAAUAUUCUCUAGGUAGAAUGCUUGUUUUUUCCUGUCUUGUCGUGUGAUGUAACUGAGAUCAAUCUUUAAAGCAUCCCAUCCGUCCAGUUCUCCCGUCACAAUACGAGAAAUUACGGUUUGCAUUUCAGUAGUCACUCAAAGUUCAAGGAAGCAGAACUAGCUGCGUUCCACAGCCAUGCCGUAUUCUUACUGGGUUACUGUUCUUGUGUGUAAUCCCGCUGCAAUAGAUGGGCCAUUUUCAGGAUAUAAAGACAUUUAUUAGGAGCUCAGAAAGGCACAAUUACAAUAAAAGGGCAAUAUUGCCUCUGUAUUUAAACAUCAAGGACAAAGGUCACAUGCACUCUCAGGAGUUUUUACAGAUGUCCCUCCUGCAUACUGUUUUUUGCACUUGCUGACAGAACGCUUCCCUAAAAGGAACUACACAUGACUUUUGAAACACAACUUCUCAUAUUAUAUUAGACCAUUAGGCAUAUUUCAUGCAGGAGAGUGCUGAUGUGGAAAAUGAGCUUUGAAGCCUUACCUUCCAGUAAGAGGAGCCUUUUCUUCUGUGACGUCUCGUUCUGCUUGUUUGGAGCUCAUCGUGUUGUAAACGGGGAGUGAAAAUAAAAACAACACAGAAGGUAGUUCUAUGGAAAUGUUUACGUCUCUUCCUCAUUCUUCUGUUCUACCUGGGGCUUUUUUUCCCUCCAACUUUUUCUCAGUGUUCCUGAGACUACUUACAUGAUGUAUAACUUCUAAUCAUGCAGUUUGGUUUUUGUAUGUCUUAUGAAGGUUAGUGAUUUCCUAAUUAGCAAGAACAAUCAUUGGAUUUUUCCUAUAUUUUUGAAUAAGCAUGUGGAUCUGAAAUGGGAAGAAAAACAACCCGGUUCAGGGGAAGAAAGAAAGAAAAACGCCCCGGGCUCUUUGCCGUGAUCACUGAGCCUUUGCCCAAUGCAUUCAAAGCCCCCCCC